AUGGGUAACGUCACAAGUCGCCCCGAGGAGCCUGCUGCGCUUUAUCUCCGGGAUCAAAAUCGAUUGUCUAUUUCAUCCGUCGUUGUCUCGUCUCCGCGCAAGCGCUCCUCUAUCAACAUAGUUCCCAAUGCUUUCCCUGCCACUCGAGUCUCGGCUUCUCGUUCUCUUGGCGAUAGUUGCCCCGUCGAGUUCGUCCAGGACCCAGAAACGAUCUCGUCAGGCGGGCCGCCGCACUUCAUCAUCAAGUUCAACAGCGACGAUGAACUCAACUUCAACUUCACAUUCGUGAUACGGCAGACCCCAGGUGCCCCGAGUCCAACCUCCGCCGCCAGCUUGGACGUGGCCGCCGGCACUGCCUCAACCGAUACGCACGUUAACAACCUAACAUUUGUCUAUGCCUCUUCCGCCAAGGAGGUAGAAAACCUCGUGACGAGGGAGUUCCACGCCGAUCCGAAUCUUCACAAGAAUUCCAAUGUCGAACUCGUGGGGGACUAUUCCACAGAUGGGAGCCCGUCAAUAUCAUUUGAGUGGUCAUGGAAGUGGAAACCACCAAAGAUUGCUGAAGACAAGGGCGGAGGCUGGCGCAAUUCCUGCAGCUUUGUCGAGUAUGACCAGCGUGGUCAUCGCUUGGUCUCCUUGGCCAGUUUCGCUUUCUGGGUAUCAAAUUCUAAUGGCUACAUGAGCCAGCCCAGCUCGCCCUCGCCUCAGUUUUUGCUACAUGCCCCGCCUAGGAUACGGGUAGCGUCGUCGCAGUCCGUUGAGUCGAGGAUAAGUGCUGCGGAUAUUAACGAGCCUGUGUCCCCUCGCACCAACUUCAAUGCAGACUCACCGAGUGACGUGCUUCCACCUCCAUCCACGACCUCUUCUGAGCCUGUCAAGGUCGACGUGGCAUGUCCAAGGCCGGGCGAAGACGUAGCCGUUACGGAUGAUGGGCCUGUGUUUAGGGCGACCAUCAAGGCGCUGGAGCAAAAGACGGGCAGUAUGCGGACGCAGAUGAAGCGCCUGAUCAAGAAGGCAGAGCAGGCGCAGACCACCCAGGCGGAGGCCAAUGAGGCGUUCAUGGCAUUUGUAGAUGCCCUGAAGGAGGCAUCGGCUACCAACACCAACGCCGUGCAGCCCGCGAUCGACCAUUACUUUGACAAGAUAGCUAGGGAAAUUUUGUUUUACGAGAGACAAAAUGCUGCAAACCUGCAGAGAAUGAUAAUCGAGCCGCUAAACAGGCUGUAUACGAUGGAUAUCAAGCAGGCCGAGGCCAAAAAACGAGAUUUUGAGGAAGAGAGCAAGGACUACUAUGCCUACGUAGGCAAGUAUUUGGGUCAGCGGUCCGAUUCGGUCAAAACCAAAAAAUUGGUUGAGAGCGAUAACAAAUAUCAGGGUAAACGACGCAAUUUUGAGCUGAAGAGGUUCGACUAUUCUUCAUUCAUGCAAGAUUUGUCAGGUGGGCGCAAGGAGCAGGAGGUCCUGUCUCAUCUCACAAAGUACGCUGAUGCCCAAACGAAGGGGUUCUUGUCUACGGCCAAAAAGGUCGAGGCUCUCUUGCCGCAACUGGAGGCGUUAUCAAAUGAAGUACAAGAGGCGGAUAAGGAGUAUCAGUAUCAGCGCAGAGAAAGGGAGGAAAAGCGCCGGGUUUUGGAGAAGAGCAACGGGGCGACCAUGGAACCGGAAACACCUCUCACUGCAGCCAUGCCAAGUGUCGCGACACCGCUCAACGGAAGCACGAAUUCAGACAGCGAACUUGGAAGGGCAGACAGCACCGGCUCACAGCUGCGCACCGUACCGAACAGCACCACCUCUAGCAGCACGGCCGUAGGGGAUCUUUCCAAAUCACCUGGCAGCUUUAGCCAUUCGUCUGUAAAUGUAGGCAGUCCCCCGCCGCCCUCCAAGUUCAAGGGAAUUCGCGAUCUGGAAGAGCGAGAUCCGUCGCAGUCUGCCAUCUCGGACAAGAAUGCAGCGCAGCGCAAAGAAGGUCUGUUAUGGUCCUUGAGUCGACCAGGUGGUCAUGUAGACCCGCGAGCGGCCUUGAACAAGCAGACCUGGCACAAAUUCUGGAUAGUUCUAGAUCAGGGUAAACUGUCGGAAUACAGCAACUGGAAGCAGAAGCUGGACUUGCAUAUGGACCCAAUCGAUCUCCGCAUGGCUUCAGUCCGCGAGGCCAGGAACGCCGAAAGACGCUUCUGCUUUGAAGUCAUCACGCCACAGUUCAAAAGGGUCUACCAAGCGACGUCCGAGGAGGAUAUGAACAGCUGGAUCACCUCCAUCAACAAUGCGCUGCAAAGUGCGGUUGAGGGUCGAGGUGUCCGAGACAAGCCAGUCCAGUCAGGCACGGACCAGUCGGCUAGUUUCCGAAGAGAUAUUGGUUCCAUCCUUACCGGGAAAAGCCCCUCGCUCGGGCAUGGGCACGCUGCCAAUACGUCUUCUUCUGGGUUCCCCGCCCGCCGAACCACGGUCGGUGGCGCGCCGAGUGGGCAUCGCGUCGGCUCUGCAGGCAGUCACGAGGAGAACCCGGACAAGCUACUCCAGGCUUUACGCGAGAAUGACCAAGGCAAUCUGUGGUGCGCGGACUGCGGGUCCGGGUCCAAGGUUGAGUGGGUGUCGCUCAACCUUGCCAUCAUCCUAUGCAUCGAAUGCAGUGGCAUUCACAGGUCGCUCGGGACGCACAUCAGCAAGAUCAGAUCUCUAACACUCGAUAUCACGUCGUUCCGCACUCCCGACAUUGUCGAGCUGCUAAUGCUUGUUGGUAACCGCGUUGCCAACAUGAUAUGGGAGGCUAGGCUUGACCACUCGAUCAAGCCAGGACCUCAUGCUACCAGAGAACAAAGGCUCAAGUUCAUAACCAUGAAAUACGUCGACAGAGCAUUUGUGGAUCCCUUAUCGCCCACCACUUCCCGCUACGCCACAGCCGACGAGACCUUACUUGCUGCUAUCAAGCGCAAUGAGAUUCAGCAGGUCAUUUAUGCCUUGGCUUUGAGGGCAAAUGUAAAUGUGACUGAUAGGUCUCGUGGCACACACGCCAUUUUCUUGGCCCUCGCCGCCGCAGAUCCGGCCUCUCCGUCACCCGUGCCCUUGUCGACCCCGAACGCACGUGUCGAUGGUGAACGGACUACUCCCUUCCCCGUCGCAGAGCUCUUGAUUCAAAAUGGUGCCGAAAUACCGUCCACCAUGCCGGCCUUCCCUCUUAGUCGCUCCGCACAACAGUACUUGGAAGCUAAACGCGGUCGCAGCACGUCGAUAUCGAUGGUCGGCAACCAGCAGACCGUCUCCUCGACGAUUCAGGAUCUUAAUCAGGCCACUGCUGAUAAACUGGCCCGUGAGCGCGAGGCACGACUACAGAAACGAGUUAGUGCCGGUGGUCGGCUCGCCAAAUCGCCCAUACCCGAGAGGUAG